AUGGAGCCAGUACUGGAGAAGCCCAACGAGAAGACUGGAAAUCUCAGAAGCCCUUCCGGUUCAAGGGAACCCAUUUCAAGAGAUGGAAAGGUAUUGUUGACAAACUUCCAUCAUCUUGGAGGAAAUUCAGAAGUCAAUGCGUCACAAGCAAAAAGAGACGUCCUUGGAAACUCUAAUCACACACGGAUUCGGGUGGUGGAGGAAACACGAGGACAAGAUGCGCUUAUGACACAAGAGUAUUCCACUGCUAAGAUGAGUGGCAUACUCCUCGUCGGUCAUCUCUUCAGUGGGAACUUUGUUCGGAUUUUUCUCGGUCAGGAUAUAAGCCACGUUGAGGAGACUGAGCUUGAUUCGAAGCCAGAAAAUCCAGUUCUUUAUGUGGCGUUUGGGUCACAAAGUGCACCAUCACCAUCACAAACAAUCCAGUUGGCCAUGGCUUUGGAAGCGUGUGGCAAAAAUUUCUUUUGGGUCGUUAGGCCAACAUCGAACUCAGUCACAGAUCAUGACCAUAAUGAUGGAGAAUGGUUACCAAGAGGCUUUGAGAGGCGUAUUCAAGAUAGCAACAAAGGGCUGCUGCUACUGCAACAAUGGGCAUCCCAGUUGGAAAUUUUGUCCCGUAAAUCUCUAUGUGCGUUUUUAACCCACUGUGGAUGGAACUCAGUGCUUGAAGCUCUCAGCAAUGGAAUCCCAAUGCUUUCGUGGCCGAUGGGGGCAGAGCAAAACUUCAAUGCCAAGAUGUUGGAGGAAGAGUUGGGACUCUGUGUUGGGGUGGCAAGUGGGAGCAGUGAGGUUAAUCAUAAAGACAUUGUGACAAUGAUUGAUUUGGUAAUGGGUGGGUCAACUAAAGGGAAAGACAUGAAAAACAAAGCUUGUGAGGUUAUGGAGACGCUUAACAAUGCCAAGAAUGAUGAGAAAGGAUUCAAGGGGUCUUCAGCCAAAGCCAUGCAGGAUUUUUUUUCUAACGAACCAACAAACUUCAAGCUUUGGCUAACUGAGCAGCAGCAGACUACAAUUGUGGUUGCAGCUCAUACUGCUGGGGUUGCGGCUCAUUCUGCAACUUUGGUAUGUUAUCAGUCUCCCUCAAACUUUGGGGACAUAGAAGGACUUCAAGUUUACUUCAAAGAUUUUAAACCUAGAGAUUGA